UGUACGCUUUUCCUUGCCAAGCAUCAGAAGAUCCCUGCUGGAGAGAAGCCUUAUAAAUGUAAGAAACAUGGAAAGGCUUUGAGAGAGCGAUCUACUGCUAAACAUGAGAGAAUUCACACGGAAAAACAAUCUUACAAAUGUAAUCAAUGUGGAAAGGAUUUCCAGUGUAAUUCCAAAUUGGCUCAACAUCAGAGAAUUCACACUGGAGAGAAGCCUUAUAAAUGUAAGGAAUGUGGAAAAGCUUUCAUACAUCAUCCCAGUCUUGCUAAACAUCAGAGAAUCCACACUAGAGAGAAGCCUUAUAAAUGUAAUGAAUGUGGAAAGGCUUUCACACAGAGUGACAAUCUUCGUGAACAUCAGAGAAUCCACAGAGAGAAGCCUUACGAAUGUAAUGAAUGUGGAAAGGCUUUCACAUAUCAUUCUUAUCUUAUUGCACAUAAGAAAAUCCACACUGGAGAGAAGCCUAAUAAAUGUAAUGAAUGUGGAAAGGCUUUCAAAAGAGCCAGUCUUCAUAAACAUCAGAGAAUCCAUACUGGAGAGAAGCCUUAUGAAUGUAAUGAAUGUGGAAAGGUUUUCAUUCAGAGCUCUGACCUUGCUGUGCAUCAGAAAAUCCACAAUGGAGAGAAGCCUUAUGAAUGUAAUGAAUGUGGAAAGGCUUUUACAAAGAGCUCUUACCUUGUAGCACAUCAGAGAAUCCACUCUGGAGAGAAGCCUUAUGAAUGUAAUGAAUGUGGAAAGACUUUCACAUAUCUCUCCAAUCUUGCUGUCCAUCAGAGAAUCCACACUGGAGACAAGCUUUAUCAUUGUAAUGAAUGUGGAAAGGCUUUCACAAAGAGCUCUUACCUUGUAGUACAUCAGAGAAUCCACACUGGAGAGAAGCCUUACAAAUGUAAUGAAUGUGGAAAGGCUUUCACAGAUAACUCCUAUCUUGUAUUACAUGAGAGAAUCCACACUGGAGAGAAGCCUUACGAAUGUAAUGAAUGUGGAAAGGCUUUCACAAGGCCCUCCUGCCUUGUAGUACAUCAGAGAAUCCACACUGGAGAGAAGCUUUAUGAAUGUAAUGAAUGUGGAAAGGCUUUCACACAGCGCAGCAAUCUUACUUCCCAUCAGAGAAUCCACAUUGGAGAGAAGCCUUACAAAUGUAAUGAAUGUGGAAAGGCUUUCACAAGGCGCUCCUACUUUGUAGUACAUCAGAGAAUCCACACUGGAGAGAAGCUUUAUGAAUGUCAUGAAUGUGGAAAGGCUUUCAUAAGGCGCUCCUGCCUUGUAGUACAUCAGAGAAUCCACACUGGAGAGAAGCCUUAUGAAUGUAAUGAAUGUGGAAAGGCUUUCACAAAGCGCUCCUCUCUUGAAGUACAUCAGAGAAUCCACACUGGAGAGAAGCCUUAUGAAUGUAAUGAAUGUGGAAAGGCUUUCCUAGAUCACCUACUUGCUGUCCAUCAAAGAAUCCACACUGGAGAGAAGCCUUAUGAAUGUCAUCAAUGUGUAAAGGCUUUCAUAUGUCGCUCCCAUCUUGCUGUCCAUCAGAGAAUCCACACUGGAGAGAAGCCUUAUGAAUGUAAUGACUGUGGUAAGGCUUUCACACGGCGUGAAAGCCUUAGUAAACAUGAGAAAAUCCACACUGGACAGAAAUCUUAAGACAAUGCUCAAAUCUUGCUUAGCAACAAAGAGUGCACAUUAGAGAAAAACUUUUGAGUGUCUGGAUCAUGGUAAAGUUUUAAUAUAUAUUAGUCUCUGACUAGACAUGUGAGAUCCUAUACUAGAUGUAAAUCCUCAUUCAUAUAAUCCAUGUGGAAAGACAUUUAGGCUCACUUCAUCCCUGAAUUGCCUCCAGAAAAUUCCUAGAAGAUUGAAAUCAAGGUUAAAGGCAUAAAAACGGAAGAAAUAGCUCAUUAUUCAGCAGGGAUUUUCUGCUUAGGAAAAAGUCUCCUAUGGAUUUGGCAUGGGAAGGUUUAGCCCAGGUUCAUCUCUAAUUGUACAUCUGAGGAUAUAUGAAGUGGAGGGAAGACUUACAAAUGUGCUGAAGGAAAACAUGCCCUUACCUAGAACAUAAGGGUCAGUAUAAAUCACAGUAUUCACACUAAAAAGAAACAUUAUGCAGAAAGGCUUUCACCUGGAUCUCAUCCUUUGUGUAGAAAUCUUGCUGCAGAUUAAACAUGUGAAUAUAAUAAAUGAGGGAAGACCUCUUCCUAUAACAUAGAUGUCAUGAGACAUUGCAAUUUUAUACUGCAUAUAAAGGUCAGAAAAAAGAUUUGAGUUUCUCUGAAAUCCCAAGAUUGGUAGCCAAAGAAGAGUAUUUAUAAUGGGGGGAACCAAUUUUUUUUACUCUCUUUGCUCUAUCAGUAAUGAGAUUUUUUAAUCUGAUUUUACAUUGUUUUUAUUACUUAAUUUUCCUCUUCAUUCUCUUGUUUAUUCCUAAAUUCUUUGUCUUUCCAUCUAUGUGAUAAGUUAUGUGUCCCAUAUUCUAAUUUUCUUUUAAAAUAUCUGUGGCUUAGGUCUCCAUUUUGACCUUAUCUUGCUAAAUUAUGUCGAGUGGGUUCGUGGGGAAGUGAGGCCUUUACAGAAAUCUGACCCCCAGAAGAGUGCCAUAGUUUAGAGCUACAUUUUCAGAAAAACUCUCCCCCUUAUGCCUUGCUCAGUCUUGCACAAACCACUUUGCCACAUCAUCAAGCUUUGUGAUGUACUUUUACUCUUCUUAAGUGGAAUGGGUUCUUAUUGUCUUAUUGGGAGCCCAGUGUGAGAUCAUAUAAGUUCUAGUCUUGUAUUUGAAAAAUAUAAAAAGUAAGGACUUGGGGAUAAGAAUUUAUUAUUUGGUUUAAAAAUUUAACAUUCAUUUUAAAGAAAAACAUAGCAGUUAAACAGGUACGUUUUCAAACACUCUAGCCACUCUUUUCCACAUUAAUUUUACAGAAUCCAAAUCAAAAUGAGAAUUCAUUUUCUACAGACACAUUUACAUAAUCCUCUAGAAAUUAUUUUUCAAGUGCCAGUAUUUCUAAGAAAAUAUUUUCCCCUAAAUUUGAAAAUGAGAAAAAUCAGAAUAAAAAUAAUGGCAUGAAUAAUGCUUUUGAAACAUGAGAGAAAAUUGCCAAAUGAAAUUCAGUUGUUUAUCUUAGAAUUACUUUAUGUUGCUGCUCAUCCAGCCCUAGCAGCCAGGAAGCCUGUGAGUUUCUAGAUCUUGGUGGGAGAAGAGCUGGAGGACAAGUUGACAGGAAACACAGGGAGUUAAGAGCAAAUUCCAUUUAUUCAUCUGAGGGUAAGCUUAUGUGUCUAUGUGUGUCUGUGUGUGUAUGUGUGUUUGUG